AUGAUCGCUGUAUAUUUCGCCGUGAAGACGCGCAAGGUCCCUUUGUUCUACAAUGAAACUCUGUGGAUCUGCUGGGCGCUAUACAACAUGGUGGCGUGGUUUGUGCUGCGAGUGAUCUGUGAUAUGACUGUGACUGACGCCUUAGUGAAGGCAUUCGUACAGCGCUUUACAUCUCUGGUCAUCUGUG